GGACCCGUGCUGCCGCCGCCGCCGCCGCCGCGGUUGUUGUCGUUGCCGGCGCCGCGAGUGGCGCGUUGCGCCCGAGCUUUCCACCCCCCCUCCCCGGCCUGAGGAGGGUCCCGAGCGCCAGGCGUUGCCCACCGGCCAUGGUCCUUCGCUUGCCGCCUGGGAGGCAGGAGGCGCGGGGGCAGCGGCGGCCAUUACUGGAGGAGGCUUCCCGGCGGGGGCUAUGACAGGAUGGACGCGGACGAAGUGACUAUCCGCGAGCAGAACUUCCACAGCCAAGUGCGGGAAUACACGAUCUGUUUUCUCUUGUUUGCGAUAUUGUAUAUUGUUUCCUACUUCAUUAUUAGAAGAUACAAGAGGAAAGCAGAUGAGCAAGAGGAUGAAGAUGCUAUUGUCAAUAGAAUUUCGCUGUUCCUAAGCACUUUUACUCUUGCAGUUUCAGCAGGCGCUGUGCUCCUCUUACCUUUUUCAAUAAUUAGCAAUGAGAUUCUGCUUUCUUUUCCACAAAGUUACUAUAUCCAGUGGUUGAAUGGUUCUCUAAUUCAUGGUUUAUGGAAUCUUGCUUCUCUCUUUUCUAAUCUUUGUUUGUUCAUAUUGAUGCCCUUUGCUUUCUUCUUCCUGGAGUCGGAAGGCUUUGCUGGCUUAAAAAAGGGAAUCAAAGCACGUAUUUUGGAAACCCUUGUUAUGCUCAUUCUUCUUGCGUUGCUUAUUCUUGGAAUUGUAUGGGUAGCUUCAGCUCUCAUUGACAAUGAUGUUGCAAGUAUGGAGUCGUUGUAUGAUCUUUGGGAAUUCUACCUGCCUUAUUUAUAUUCCUGUAUAUCUUUGAUGGGGUGUUUAUUACUUCUACUUUGUACUCCAGUAGGACUUUCCCGUAUGUUUACAGUAAUGGGACAAUUGCUUGUAAAGCCAACAAUUCUUGAAGACUUGGAUGAGCAGAUAUAUAUUAUUACUCUAGAAGAAGAAGCUAUAAUGAGAAAGUUAAAUGGAGGAUUUUCCGCAGUAGAAUAUAAUACAGAACAACUUGAGCAGGAGUUGAAUAAUGUGAAGAGCAUGAAAACAAAAUUAGAGCGACGGAAAAAGGCUUCUGCCUGGGAAAGGAACCUUGUGUAUCCAGCUGUAAUGAUACUACUGCUAAUUGAAACGGCAAUCUCAGUGCUCUUAGUGGCUUGCAAUAUUCUGUGUCUCUUGGUGGAUGAAACCGCAAUGCCAAAGGGAUCAAGGGGGCCUGGCAUAGGAAGUGCCUCUCUGUCCACAUUUGGUUUCGUGGGAGCAGCACUUGAGAUCAUUUUGAUUUUCUAUCUUAUGGUUUCCUCUGUUGUUGGCUUUUAUAGCCUACGUAUUUUUGGAGAUUUUACCCCCAGGAAGGAUGACACAACUAUGACAAAGAUAAUUGGGAAUUGUGUAUCUAUCUUAGUCCUCAGUUCAGCAUUGCCAGUUAUGUCAAGAACACUGGGCAUCACCAGGUUUGAUCUCCUUGGGGACUUUGGAAGGUUUAACUGGUUAGGAAACUUCUACAUAGUAUUGUCCUACAAUCUUCUUUUUGCUAUCAUGACAACCCUGUGCCUGGUGAGAAAGUUCACCUCUGCAGUUAGAGAAGAACUGCUCAAAGCAUUAGGUUUAGAUAAACUGCAUCUCUCGCACAAUGCAAGAGACCCCGAGACAACAAAGCCUUCUGUAAAUGGGCAUCAGAAAACACUGUGAAUCACAGUCGGUAGAAAGGAGUAUUUCAGCUUCCUGACAUUCCUCUCACUUCAUUGUACUUGCUUUGUACUGCUCUUACUUGUUUAUACCUUGGAUCCAGGUCGAUGCAGAAGAAAUCUGGUUGCAUUGGACUGUACUCUUGCUUGGAUUGAUCUACUUUAAUUUUUCUGUCAACUGGAGAUGUCUCUUGAACAUUCCUCUUUGAACAGAUCUUCAUACUGAUUUCUGAAUCCAAGGAGAAGAAUCUUCUGCAUGUAAAUAUAUUGUUGAAGAUUAAUUUGGGAGAUGAGCUUGCUAUCUGAAAAUGGCAAACCUCUACUCAAGAUGUUGAUUGUUCCAGUAAGAUGCGUUUUGAAAACUUGUGAGCGCACAAUAAGGCUCAGGAUCAAUACAUUAAUCUACCCAUCAAAUCAGUUUGCACUAUGAUAGUUCUUAGUUCUAAAUGGUAAACUGCCCCAUUUUUUUUGCUAGGGAAAAUUUCCUUUGCAAACCGUGAUUAUGCAAUAACAUAAUCUCAUAACUAAAGUGCUAAAUCUGAGCCGGGGAAACAGUAAUUGUAGAUUUCUGAUCAUUGUAUGUAUAAUCAUGCCUAAAAACGUGAUUGUCAUACUCAGCUAAACAAUACGAACAAAAAUGUGUGUAAAAUAUACAUAUGUAUAAACUCUGAGAUUGCACCCAAUCUUCACAAAGUUGUCUUUAAAUGAUACCCAUUCCUAUGACUGAUAAGUGUAUUUUUUUCACUGAACAAGGUAUUUUCUUCAUUAGUUCUUCUAGUUGUUCAUGUGUGUACAUAUGCCUACUUUUUUAUGAACACAGAAUUGAGCUAGCAUUUUGCUUAGUUUAUAAUAUGAAAACUUAAGAUUCUUGUUCAGGGUUUUAGAUAUGAUAUGGUUGACACAGCAUGCACUUGGAUAUUGCUACCAUUUUGAGGUUUACAAAAUCCUGUGAAGUUAUAAAAAGGCAGAAGGAAGUUAAACUGCAUUUGUUUACUAAUGUACUGUGAGUGGAGGCAGGCAGAUAGAUAGUAAAGACCACUCUGAUGAUUUAGUUCAAUGGAGUUGAUCCUAUUCUCUGUAUAAUCAUUUGAUCAAGGAUAGGUUAUUGGGAUUUUGUAAGUUCAAGUAUUUCUCUUUGUGGAAAAUCUAUUGCUGUUAAUCUGUUACUGUUAAUUUCUGUAAAUAUCUGUAAACCCAAAGCCUCAAAAUAAUCUUAAUACAUUGCACAAUGUCCGGCUAUUUA